AGCUGGUCAGUGGGUCACCUGCGUCUUCCUGUUCCGUCUCCUCUGAACCAAAACAACUGGGCCGAACCGGGACAAGGCUCCGGUCCAGCAUGAAUGAGACGGCGGGGCUCCGGUUCCGUCGGCAGCAGCGAGCCCAAGUCAUCACCGACGAACUCCCGGAACACGUUCACAAGGGCUCCGGCACCUACAGUGGGCGGGUCUUUCAGGUGACUUUGCUGUCUGUGGGCGGAUUCCUGUUUCUUCCUCUGCUCGUCAUCAUCCUUAUCCUGGAGUCUCCCAUCCAGCCUGAAGUCCUCUUGCUGAAGGAGCCUCCGCUUAUGUCCGGAUGUUGGGAAGCAAACUUGAAGCUCCGACACGCUCAGAGGCUCUUUGAGGACCUCAUCGAGGGACCCGAGUCCAUUGCCAACAUUGGAGAUGUUUUCUUUAGUGGAACAGCUGAUGGGAGGAUUGUGAAACUGAUUGGUCGAAGGAUCCACACGGUGACCAGGCUGGGGAAACUGCCGUGUGAGGACGAGAUCACCUGCGGAAGACCGCUGGGGAUACGAGUGGGACCAAACGGGACUUUGUUUGUAGCCGAUGCCUACCUGGGCGUGUUCGAGGUCAACCCCACCACAGGCGAGUCCACACGGCUGGUGGCAGGCGGUCAGGUGGUUGCCGGCAGGAAGUUAAUGUUCAUCAAUGACCUGGCGGUGACGCAGGAUGCCAAGAAGGUCUACUUCACCUCCUCCAGCAGCAAGUGGCAGCGCAAGGAUUACUUGCAUCUCAUCAUGGAGGCCACGGCCGACGGACGAGUGUUGGAAUAUGACACAGAGAGUCGAGAGCUGAGCGUCGUCAUGGAGAACCUUCGCUUCCCCAACGGCAUCCAGCUGCUGCCUGACGAGGAGUCUGUCCUGGUGGCUGAGACCACCAUGGCCCGAAUACGCAGAGUCCAUGUGGCGGGUCUAAACAAAGGUGGCAUGGACACAUUCAUGGAUAAUCUACCUGGUUUCCCUGACAACAUCCGGCCCAGCUCCAGCGGCGGCUACUGGGUGGCCAUGUCUGCAGUGCGUCCCAACCCUGGUUUCUCCAUGUUGGACUUCCUGUCUCAGAGACCCUGGAUCAAGAAGUUACUCUUCAAGAUCUUCAGCCAGGAAGUGCUAAUGAAGUUUGUCCCGCGUUACAGCCUUGUGGCAGAGCUCCACGAUGGCGGAGUCUGCUCUCGGAGCUUCCACGACCCAAACGGGCUGGUUGCGGCUUACAUCAGUGAGGUCCAUGAGCAUGACGGGAGUCUAUACCUGGGCUCCUUCCGUUCUCCGUACGUGGCUAAACUGGAACUUCAGCACGUCUAGCGUGUGACUGAGUGGAAACUGUGCUGUGAAAAUUGGUUUCAUUUUGGUUCGAGCAACCACAGAUCAUCUUCCUUUGUGUUGCAUGAAAAAGAAAGUAAAACAAAUGGAAACAUA